AUGGGCAUCUAUCCUGGAGGCAAAAGUACACGUAUAGACUCUCCUCGACAUCUGACGAUACGGCACUCUCGCCGUGUUGUCGCUGCCAAUCGCGUUGAUGCCCGUCUCAGCGCUAUCCAGCCUGUGACUGUGCUCGCAGAUGGCAAGAUCGUCGAGGAUGAGAUUGAUCCAUUGCCCCCAGGCGAGCAGAAGCUCAAUUCAUUCUGGGCUCCCGGAAUCGAAGCGGGCCCUAAGCACAUCAUCUCGGUGAAGCAGACCAUCCAAGCAAAUGGUGAACAACUCAACUUGGACGCAGAGCAAGCGUUCUACGUGGAUGCGCCACAAUUCUCCCUGCCAGAUGGAAGCGUUCACUCUACAUAUCCUCCAGCAGGUUACAGCGAUGAUCAUAGAAUCUUGCCGCAUGUUGUCUUGACAGAUCCGCAUCUCCCAUGGGAGAGACUGGGAAGUCCAAAAGGCGGUACCAACAAGGAGCUCAAAGCACAGAUGAAAAGACUAGCCUUGGGUACCGCGGACAAAGCGAGCAGCAUACCACGAAACCGUGUGCCUUGGCUUGUCAUGCUUGCUUUUGCCCAAAACGAGCUUCGACUGCCCCCAGAGGACCUGGAUGGUGCAAGCAGCAUCUUCAGCAAUACCAGUGACGGUGUUCUCAAGCCCGUCAAGCAAUCGUCCACAAUGACAGUCAACAUGAGCAUCGAUGACUUGUGGAAGUUGAAGUCUGAUGUUACAACGCCUGUCACGGACAGACUUGGACCAUCGUCUAUGAAAGACAGCCGUGGAGACUUCAUCUUUGUACAGCCAGAGCUGUUCACUAGUCUCUUCUCUACAUUUGACGACAAAGGCAAUCGAGUCAAGGGCAGUGGACCAGAUACAUCACAGUACAGAUACCUUUCCCACGUCCGCAAGAUCAAUGGUUCCGGAAUGGCUCUUGCUGGCGUUGAGGACACAGCUGUCUUUAGCAUCGUCGUCGGCAACAGAUCGGGGCCGCUUGACAACGUCAUCCCAACCACCAUGUGUGCACAUCUAGUCUCCAUUGAGGGCGUGGAGGCCAUGAGCUAUCCGGGCCAGAACCACCGAUAUGUGGCUCUCUGCUCCCUGUACAGCUGGAACUAUACAGUACUCCCACCAAAUACGCUUAAUGUUCCAGAUGCUUUUGAGAAUCUAGGCCGCACUCUCAACGUUUUGCGAGCUCCAGAUGAAGUCAUAGCGCCUUUGAACAAGUCUGACGACAAGGCCCAGCAACUCGUUGGCCGUCGUCUGAGCGAUGGGUAUACCUUGGUCAAGUACCGUGUUCAAACAGGCGAGGCAACUGUAGCACUGUAUCGAGGUCCAUUCACUCCCACAUACGUGCCCACCUUGGAGCAUCUGACCAAGUGCUCAACCUCGGGCGUGGACUUGCAAAUUCUUGACAAGAAUUUGGGCAUUAUGGAUAUAACAUACUCUGUGGCAUGGCAGGUUGGCCGUACCAUGGCACUCGGCGACCAAGCAUUCGUGGCUGCGCUGGGACGCGUAAGAACUGCAGUACAUGCAGCCGCAGCGAAACAAGUAAAGAUCACUGCUGUCAAGGAGGUUAGAGACACGGCAUUUCGCACUCGCAAUGACCUUCUACGGGAUCUUUCCUCUAUGGUUAAGGGUCUUGCUGACAUCCAUAUUCACAAACGUGGUUCAGAUCCACCUGAUACUCAAGAGCCUGGGGAAGCUCCUGGUAGGAGACAGCCCGGCAGACCCGUGUUCAGGCAUGGAGGAGCCAAGAGGCGAUGGCACCACAAACAUCUCCAACGCCGCGAUCGACCGACUCUCUCAUUCUCUUCGCCUCUCUUUGAGGACAAAUACCCAGCCGCCGCGCUAGACUCUGUUCGCAGACUGGCUUCAAGUCGAUCGGGUGACCCAUACGACGAGACAAAUGAUCCUCAAUCCUCAGACUGGAUGGUUGUUCUCUCGUGGCUCAUCGAUCGCAUGUUUCUUGCGGGUGUACCAGCACACUAUCUCGUGCCUGACCCAAGUUACCUACAGCCAGAGAGCUUACGCUUCUUCCAUAUUGACAAGAACUGGGUUGAUGCCCUCAUCGAUGGAGCAUUAUCCCUCGGCAAUCAUUUUGGUACUGAUGAGGACCGAGUCGCUAUCAAGAAAGCACUCAAUGACUACAUCGGUCGUACACCCGAUGGAAUGGACCAUCGUGUCCAGAUACCUGCUUACGGGUUCUACCUUCGCUCAGACUUGGUGACUAUGUUUCCAGAUCUUCGCGUUGAGGUCCUAUCCAACGAUAGCGACCUCAAAGCCGCUGGUCAGGAUCCUCCUGCAGGAGCUCCUCUUUUGCGGCAUGAAAUUGUUGCUGAUGGGGUCAUGAUGGCAUUCAUGGACCGUGUGCCUGGCUCUGCACAGUUUUCAUCACUUGUAUUCACGCAGCCAGCACAUCAGCAGCGCUUUGCUGUUGCCCGUGGUCUUGACACUACCGAGAUCAAGGUCAACAUCAGGCGGCAACACAAGGCACUCAAGGAAAUCAUAUACACUCCGACUGGGGAGUCAUCAUCGAACAACAUAUUCAUAUGGAACUCCGAACCCAACCAAAAUAUGAAUGACUUACGUAUACUACGUCUUCCCGCCUUUGCAGACGUACAGCUCAAAGUCCUACAAGACAUGAUGGGAAAGCAAGAAGGAACUAAUACAGCUUACUUUGAGGAUGAUGCUUCGACUUCUGCACUGUUUGCCAUGCAACUCAAUGAUCCCAUUUACAACUUGACCAUCAAUAUGGCUGAGGCUCCAAAGGCUGCACAAGCAAUAGCUGGCUUGGCUCCUCCUGACAUGGGAAACGGAAGCCCAGAGCUGAGAACUAUCAACAUGAUGGAAGCAGUUCGAGUCAAGAACCUUUCUGCCCCUGGUACAGAAGUCUCUCCGGCGCCGGUGGAGAAUGAUCCACAUGAGGAGGGUGAGGAUGAUGAUACAAUCCAUGAAGAGGAUAGCUUCGUUAGAGCUGCGGACUACGUUUCUCCACUGGAUGUGCUCUCAAACUACCUGUCGCCUCAUGUUCGAGCGAUGCCACUUCAUCAAGGUCCAAGUGUCAGCGACCCAGAUAACAUUCCCGCCAGCUUUCAACAAGGCCAAGUUGGGGCCCGUGCCAUCAAAGACAAACCACCUGGAUCUGAGCCAGCAUCAGCACCCCGAUUCCUUAUACGCGUCAGCAGCAACUUGGCCGACAAUCACAGUCAAGUCGUACUAGACAGGUUCAAUCUGCCCCAAGACCUCAUUUUCUCCAUUGUCCUGAAGCAGAGCGAGAUCAAUCAGUACUUACUGAUGGAAGUCACUGUCGACAUUGCGCUUGGUUCGCCCAGCGAUGCCGCAUACUCUCUGAUGUCUAACUACACUGGGCCUGGCGCACACAUGUUGACAAACCUGCGCUUCAAUGUGAUUCCAACAACGUUCCACGAUCAGAACCAGGACCAGUACUACUUACGCAUCCGUCUACUUCCCAGGGCCGAGAAAGGAUGGGUCAUGGCUCCGGCUGUGCCUGAACUAAGCUUCUUGCUUGGGCUGGCUAGUAUCAAUGCUCCAGGACGUGGAACCGCAACCGCAACUGUCCAGUCUCGGGCAAGAUAUUGCAGGAAUCCCGCCUUUCCUCUGGUGGAGCCCAACGUGAUGAUAGUGGAUAACCCUCCUCUAUCUGUAGAAGUAGUCAUGCAUUAG